GCCAAGCCACGAACACACUCGUGUGACUCGUGUCCUCAUAGCUGAGAGCCAUUUCCACCGCCCAGCACGCUGGACCCACCUGCCGGCGUCCCGAAGAGCGGAACACCUGAAGCCAACGCCGGCCGUGCUGCUUCCGCUGCCUCAUCGCACCAAGCCACCAGUCCGCAGCACGAAAGCUUCCCCCCCUCUCUUCUCCUGCUGGUUGGCUCAUCAGGCCUGCCCGAAUAAUCCUCCUGCGGAUUCCCCUCACGGCAGGCCAAAACCCGCACCUUUCCCCCGUCGACAGAUUCUCAAACCCGGCGAACUCCGGGCAGGGCUCACGUCGCCGAUCCCGCUCCCGGAUUCUCUUUGCCGCCGCGAGGAGACGGCGUCCAGUCCAGGCCUUCAGCAGCUCCGUCUCCGUGUGUAUCUGAUCGGGGGAUUCUUUGCUUGAGAAACUGCUAGCAUGGGCGCGGUGCUUGGACGGCAUGACACGCACAAGCGGAGUUCCCAUGGUUCGAAGCUGGAGGUAAAGAUGGUCGACGCUAUGCAGCAGAGAGCAUCGCAUGGAACCUCACUGAAAUCGUUCGAUAGCAUUAUCAUGAAGUUCCCCAAAAUAGACGAGAGUUUCAGAAAAUGCAAGACUAUCUUCGAACAGUUUGAUUCAAAUGGCGAAAUAGAUAAAGAGGAACUGAAACAUUGUUUUCAAAAGCUGGAAAUCUCAUUCACAGAGGAGGAGAUAUGUGAUCUCUUUGAAGCUUGCGAUAUAAAUGAAGAUAUGGGCAUGAAGUUCAACGAGUUCAUUGUCUUUCUGUGCCUUGUCUAUCUUCUCAAUGAAGCAGCUGUCUUGGAAGCAAAGAUAAAGAUGGGACUAGGAAAUCUUGAGGCAACCUUCGAGACCUUGGUUGAUGCGUUUGUCUUCUUGGAUAAGAAUAAAGAUGGGUAUGUGAGCAAGGAUGAGAUGAUCCAAGCAAUAAACGAGACCACGACAGGAGAGCGCUCUUCUGGGCCUAUAGCCAUGAAAAGAUUUGAGGAAAUGGACUGGGACAAGAACGGAAUGGUGACAUUCAAGGAGUUCCUGUUUGCCUUCACUCGCUGGGUAGGAAUUGAUGAAAAUGAGGAUGAAGAUGACGAUGAAUAAGGACUGUGAAGGCUGGUUAUUCUUCAAGGGUUAGGGCCAGAUCAGCCUUGGAGAAGCUGGAAAUGGAUGGCGGAUAAAAGCAGUUGACGUUUAUUGGUUGCUUGUUGAUCGUAAUAUUCAUGCCAUUGCUAAUAGAAUGUCUCGACAUUAUACUCCUAGUAGGGUGACUUGCAUGUCUGAACACUGGUAUCAAUGUUACAGUUGCUGUCUACUUUCUUCCAUGCCAUUCAGCCAUUGUUCUA